CUGAGGCUUUUUCAAAAAUUUAAAUGGCGGAAAAUCACAAUUUUGCAAUCGGUUGAAGAAGUAUUUACAUCAACAGCAAAAGACCUCGAAGAACAGUGUCGAGAGAAGGGCAUACGGGUUGAACGGCAAAGCUUUUAUGGUGAUCCAACAGAUGCUGUAAAAACACUUGUUCGCCAGGAUGCGCGUAUUAUAGUUGGAUUAUUCUAUGUUACCGAGGCUAGGCGUGUUCUCUGUCAGGCAUAUAAGCAUGGUCUAUACGGCCGGAAGUAUGUUUGGUUUUUCAUUGGUUGGUAUGCCGACACAUGGUUUAUUCCGCCAAGUGAUGAGCCACUUAAUUGUACUGCCAAACAAGUUCGACCUUAUUUAUUUUUGAAGCAUUUUUGCAUAAAUCAAUUCAGCAGACAAACAUAGGC